CAUUUCCGUGUGGAAGCGACAGCUUUUGGCAGGGCAAAUCUUACACGGAAAAAACAAUUGCCUUUCCAGGUAAACCAGGCAGGAAAACUAAUUUCGUUCGUCAAUCCAAUUUACGUUUAAACCCGAGAGGUUGGAGAUUAGCGAAUAGUGACAUGGGAGUUCUUUCGGAACAGAAUAUGAUGUGGGUAAAUUACUUGGAACCAAGAACAAAUAGAGGCUUCUAUUUCUUCAAUUAUUAUUUUUUUGAUUUAGAAGAAAAAAAUGCAAUUUCCAAGAUUUACAAACAUUUCCGCUUUAAACGCAAAUCGACAGCGGACACGUAUUUAAUUCAUUAUCAUGGCUUCUACAUCGUACGAAUGGGUGUUGCAUUACUUGAUGCAUUCGACGCCAAAACCCAUGACUGGAUCGGGAAUAUCCAAAUUAAAGCACGGAAAUACGGGCAACGUCUGUAUAGUUUAGACAGUUUUCGAAACUCGCUUGUUAUCGUUACGUUUGAGGUCAUUUACAAACCUCGGCUUGACUACCGGUACACUUUCUACUUAUACGACGAAUACAAAAGUAGUAUCGCAUUGAGGAACAGUGGACGGGCGUCAAGGUCACCACCUCGAUUCAAAUACGUCACUACAUUCCCGGAGAGGCCUUUUAAAAAGUCGGUUCGUUCUAUCUGCAAGAUUGGUGGCUGCUUCAGCCCAAGGAUCUCCAUCAGUAAAUACGGGGAUGUGGCCAUCGUUAUGAACAGGUUUGUUUACUUCUCAAGAAUCAACGAUCCCUGGAAUCAUGUUCUCGUGGAAAGAGACGGGUUUUUCACGUCCCCAACGAAAGCGUCAUCUCUAGCUUGGACAUCUGUUCCUUUUUUGAUGUUGAUGGAUUUACGCGGGCACAUGAUGGCCAUCUUCGAAGAUGAACCCGGUGCUUUAUACGUGUACAGUAGCAGUGGAGGCAAGUAA